AUGACUUUAUCUAAAAUGAAAGUCGAUUAUACCUUAUAUUUGGUAACAGAUUCAGGAAUGGUUCCUGAAUCGUCUUCAUUUCUCAAACAAGUUGAAGACUCUAUCAAUUCUGGAGCUACAAUAGUUCAAUUACGUGAAAAGUCCCUUUCUACUUUAGAAUUUAUCAAAAGAGCAGAACAAGUCCAUAAAUUGACACAGAAACAAGGAAUCCCAUUAAUUAUUAAUGAUCGAGUUGAUGUUGCCCUAGCAGUGAACGCUGAAGGUGUCCAUGUGGGUCAAGAUGACAUGCCCGCGGCAAUAGCACGAAAAUUGAUUGGCGACGACAAAAUUCUCGGAGUAACUUGUUCUAAUGUUACUGAGGUUCAGGAAGUGGUCGAGCAAGGAAUUGCUGAUUAUGUUGGUCUUGGAACAGUUUAUAAAACCAAUACAAAAAAAGAUGUAACAGAUCCUGAAGGAACUGGUCCUAGUGGUAUUAGAAGAAUGCUCCGAGUUUUGCAAAAACACAAUUCGAAAUCAGGCGCUAAGAAAAUUCAAAGCGUUGCAAUUGGUGGAAUAAACCAUUCAAAUGUUCGUAAUGUGAUGUUUCAAUGUGCUGUUCCCGGUGAGAAAAUUAAUGGAGUAGCAGUAGUAUCUUGUAUCAUGGCAAAUGAGAACGCAGCAGAAGCAACUUUAUCAUUGUCACAACUUAUUUCAAGUGCUCCAUAUGGUUAUGAACCUUAUGAAGAACUGCAAUAUUUAGACGACUAUCAACACUCAUUAAAACAAUUGAGUUCAUCAUCCCCAAUGAUUCAUCAUAUAACCAAUAAUGUUGUUAAAAACUUUAGUGCAAAUGUAACAUUGGCCAUAGGCGCUUCACCUAUCAUGUCGGAGUUUGAUGAAGAAUUUAACGAGCUAGCCUCAACACCUAAUACAGCUUUAGUUCUAAAUUUAGGUACACCUUCCAAAGAAAUGAUGAAAAUAUUCAAAAAUUCAAUAAUAGCACACCAAUCUAGAAACCCAAUUGUAUUUGAUCCCGUUGGUUGUGGGGCCAGUAAGGGCAGACUAGAAUGCUGUAGACAGUUAUUGGAUACAGGCUAUUUUGCUGUAAUUAAGGGCAAUGUCGGUGAGAUUCUGGCUUUAAGGAAGUUAACAAGCAGUUAUAGAGAAUCGCAAUCUAAAUCCUAUAUGAGAGGCGUUGAUUCGAUUUCGAAUCUUACGGAAGAAGAAAUUAUUGAAAUAGGUAAAGAUGUAUCUAUUGAAUUCAAAGCCGUUGUGGUUAUAACUGGACCAACAAACUAUAUUAUUGAAGGAGAAGAUAAAGUGGUCAAAGUAGAAGGUGGCAACAAACUAAUGGGUUCAAUUACUGGAUCUGGCUGUGCAUUGGGAAGUACAAUUGCAGCAUUUGUGUCCAGCCAGGCCAGGUCACCGCAAGGUCCAAAUAACUUCUAUGCUGCUGUCCAUGCUGUAAAGCUUUAUAAUAAAGCUGGUGCCGCAGUAUCUGAAAAAACCCCAGGUAAAUUCAUGGCUUCUUUCAUUGAUGAAUUAUACAAAUUGACUCAUUCUUAA